AUGCUGAAUCAAACCUCAGUCACUGCAUUUCUCCUCCUGGGAGUCACAGACAUCCAAGCACUGCAGCCUUAUCUCUUCGUGGUUUUCCUUGCAAUUUACGUGGUCAGUGUGGUUGGCAAUGGAGCAGUCCUCCUGGUUGUCGUCUCUGAUCCAAGACUCCAUUUACCCAUGUAUUUCUUCCUGGGAAAUCUGUCGUGUCUAGAUAUCUGCUACUCCACAGUGACACUGCCAAAGAUGCUGGAGAACUUCUUCUCUACACACAAGGCAAUUUCCUUCUUGGGAUGCAUAAGCCAGCUUCACUUCUUCCACUUCCUGGGCAGCACGGAGGCCAUGCUCUUGGCCGUGAUGGCCUUUGACCGCUUUGUGGCCAUCUGCAGGCCACUGCAUUACUCUGUCAUCAUGAAUUACCAGCUCUGUACCCGGAUGGCUGUCACAGUCUGGACCAUUGGUUUUUUCCAUGCCCUGUUGCACUCCAUGAUGACCUCUCGCUUGAACUUCUGUGGUUCUCAUCAGAUCCAUCACUUCUUCUGUGAUGUCAAGCCUUUGCUGGAGUUGGCCUGCGGGAACACGGAGCUCAACCAGUGGCUUCUCAACACGGUUACCGGGACCAUUGCCAUGGGCCCCUUCUUCCUAACACUUCUCUCCUACUUCUCCAUAAUCAUCUCUCUUUUCUCCAAGACCCACUCCUGUAGUGCGCUCCGCAAAGCACUGUCCACGUGUGCCUCUCACUUCAUGGUGGUCAUUCUUCUCUAUGUUCCUGUUAUCUUCACUUACAUAUCUCCUACCUCAGGCAGCUCCAUGGGCCAGGACCAGGUUGCUGCCAUCAUGUACACUGUGGUCACUCCUAUGCUGAACCCACUGAUCUAUACACUGAGGAACAAGGAUGUGAAGGCUGCCUUGAGUAGUGUCUUCACAAGGAGGGGUGACCUGAACAUAUCUAGAGCACACUUCUAAGACAGGAAGCAAUAGGCGAUGAAGUUGGUGUGUGAGGUUAGACUGCUUCUCAG